AUGGCACUCUUUCUUUUCUUUUAUCUGCUGGCAGUUAUAACCUUGGCUUCUGGAAAGCCGAUUUUGAUCCCGAGGCAGGCCCAGGAAGCAACACAGGGUGUUGCUCAACCCUCUUUUGACGUUACGAUAGAGUCUCUUGGAAACACGACGGUCAAGGCAGAGAUCACAAACCUAGGCUCGGAGGGCAUUCGGCUCUCUCAAAGAGGUGGUAUCCUUGACCAUGUCCCAACAAAGAAGGUCAUUGUUCAGGGCGGCGACUCAGAUCCAACAUUCAUCGGAGCUCAUGUCGAAUACAUUCUCGCCCACUUGACUGACGAUGGCUUUGUCGAAGUGGCACCUAACAAGACAGUCGCGUCCAUUUUCGACAUCGCUGACCUCUACGAUCUUACCCCGGGCCAGGAAUACACAGCCGUGGCCAAGGGAGCUCUUGAAUACACUACUCUAGGGAACAAGAACAAAUUUAUUCCCGCCAAAUAUACAUCCAACAACAUUUCGUUCACCGCGCCGGCCGACCUCACCCGUCGCAUGGAGCAACGCUCUGUACUUGAAUGUUCGGACGAGAACAAAGCAGCAGUACAAGAAGCCAUCACCCGAGCUGCUAAAAUGGCCACCGCGGCCGCCAAAGACGCACGCACAGGCAGCGCCCUCUUUCAAAAGUUCUUCAAAACUACCUCUGAAUCUGAUAUCGAGAAAGUCGCUGGUCGAUUGGAAGCUAUUGCCAAGGAAGCAACAACGACAGGCCAGCUCACUUACUACUGUGAACCUACUGCGGACGACUACUGUUCCUCAAACGUUGCGGCCAUGACCUAUCCUUCCCUUAACAAGGUCGUCAACUGCCCCGCCUACUACACCAGCACCAGAGAAUCCAACUACUGUGGAUACCUCGACCAAGCUGCUAUUACCCUUCACGAGUACUCGCACGCGAGUGCGCUGUACAGCCCCGGAACCGAAGAUGUCGGUUAUGGCUGGGACAGUGUCCUCUCUUUUAACACGCAAGAUUCAAUAAACAACGCUGAUAACUUUGCUUACUAUGCUUCCGCUGUCUAUCUUCAGUGUGCCGCCGAUGACUCUGUUAGUAUCGGGACCGCGCUCAGCGUUGAUCUUGGCAUCAGCAUUGGAGGUGACUCGGGUGACUCGGGCGACACCACGGCAACAACGACAACGGUAGAGCCCACAAAUACCCCUGAACCCACCCCUACGGGUACAACAGAAACGGGCGGUGAUACUGGCGGCGAUGAUGGCGGCGAUGAUGGUGGCGAUGAUGGCGGCGAUACUGGCACUGGCACUGGCACUGGUACUGGUACAGGCACCGGUUCAAACUGGCCCUGGGGUGGCGACGGCGGCGACGGUACUGGCACCGGCACCGGCACUGAAACAGGAACAGGAACAGGAACAGGAACCGGCGACUGGGGCAAUUGGGGCACCUGGGGCUGGGGUUCGGGCUCGGGUUCGAACUCAGGUUCAGGGUCGGGCUCAGCGUCUGACUGGACCAACAAUGCCGCACCUAGCUCAACGCCAACUACGGCACCCGUCACGACGACAACGGGCGAAGAUUUGUGGAACCUGCAGGAUCUGGUAGACUGGCUUUGGAACCAGUAUGGCAGCGGAGGGGGACAGACCCAGGGGCAGGGCAAUGCACAAGUGCAGGGACAAACGCAAACUCAGGACCAGGGAGGGAAUUCAAAUUCAAAUUCGAACUCGAACUCGAACUCGAAUCCAGAGACUACAACCAAUGUCGAGACGGCCACGACUACACAAGUUGCACAGGCAGAAGAGGAUUGCGAUGAGCAAGUGGAGGAACCAACGCAGACUCAGAGCAAGGGAGGGAAUUCAGAUUCGAAUUCGAACCCAAAUCCAGUAACUACUGCCAUUGUCGAGACGGCCACGAUUACACAAGUCGUGCAGGCAGAAGAGGAUUGCGAUGAGCAGUAG